AUGACGGAAAAAGCCAACGAAAUAGCCAAAGGCUUGGGCAUAAAUGAUUUCUCUGGAUCAGCUGGUUGGCUGGAUCGAUUUCGAAAAAGAUAUGGCAUUAAAUAUCGUCAAAUUAGUGGUGAAGCCGAAGCCGUAGACGACGACAGCAUUGCUCCCUGGAUAGAAAAUCUCCUCCCUAAUCUACUAAAAGACUAUGCACCUGAGGACGUAUAUAACGCUGAUGAAUUUGGAUUAUUUUUUAAAUUAAUGCCAGACAAAUCCUUAGUUUUAAAAGAUGAAAAGUGCCACGGAGGUAAGCUAAGUAAAGACAGACUGACUGUAUUAGCAUGUUCUAAUUGGACUGGAUCUGACAAGUUGAAGCUGAUGGUGAUUGGAAAAUCUAAGUCACCACGGUGUUUUAAAAAUGUGCGAACUUUCCCGUGCAACUACAAAGCACAGAAUAGAGCCUGGAUGACUGGGUGUUUGUUUACUGAAUGGGUGCAACAGUUGGACCGAAAAUUCGGUAAAGGAAAGAGGAAAGUCCUUCUGUUUGUGGACAACUGUCCCGCUCAUCCCAAAGGAAUCCCCCUCAAAAACAUCAAGCUCGAGUAUUUCCCCCCCAACUCUACCAGCAAGCUUCAGCCAUUAGAUCAAGGAGUCAUUAAAGUUUUGAAGCAGAAAUACCGUAAAAAGCUGGUACAGCGUUACUUACGUGAAAUUGAAUCAGGAGAGGACUCUUCCUGUAAAAUAAAUGUGUUGGAUGCUAUCCAUUAUGAUUCGGCUGCGUGGGAUGAGAUCGCGCCAGAUGUGAUAAGAAAUUGCUUUCGAAAAGCGCAUUUUGAGAGCAAAUCUAAUGAAAAUGACCUGAAUGUUGCGGAUUUUCUGGACAUCGAAUUUGAGGAACAGUAUCCUGGAUAUUGUUCAGUUGAUGAUGAUUUGCCUAUCACGGAAACUCUAGAAAUUCAGGAUAUGAUUGACAUGGCAAAAGAUGGAGAAUUCGAGGUUGAUAAUGAGGAAGAGGAAGAAGAUGAACCUCCCCAACUUCCCUCUUUUAUUAGCGCCUGCGAUUCCAUGGUUGCAAAUGAACUGAACAUGUCGUCUACUGCUGUGUUUCGCAUUACUCAAGAUUGA